AUGGCGGAGGAUGCUGCGCAGCAGAUCAUUAAUGCAUUUGUGGACGGCCUCGCAGCGGGACGAACACUGCCAAUGCUGCGCCCUGCGGGAAUGGAGCCUUGCAAUGUGCAGAUGGAUCGAGCUCGGACGGCUUUGUCAAUUCGUCCCCAGUCUGGGCAAGCUCGGCGGGUUCCUUUGGAGACUAUUUCUCAGAUCUCCGUGGGCGCGGAAAAUGUCGAGGAAGUCAACCUGCCUCUCGAUGAUUUCUGCGUCACCCUGAAGCUGGAUGAUGAACAAACAUUGUAUGCAUUCCAGUUUCAGGAUGACGAGGCCCGUGACACUUUUGCCCUUUGCUUGGGCAUGUUUGUGGACCAGCGAAGGGCCGAGGCCGAGGAGGAGCAAGCUGCUUCAGCGACGCCUGUUUCACGGGCGGUCCCCGAAGCCUUACCACAGGCACCGGCACGCGGCUACGCUAAAGCUCCUGGUAAAGUACCGCCAGCACCGACGAGUUACCCAUCCAGCUCUCAAAGCGCUCGGGGGGUACCAUCGGGCUUGGAGGCCUACCAGGCAGAUGCCGAGGCAUCGGCGUCCCUCUCAGCUCGAUCCAAGAAGAAGGAGCUCACAGACGGACAAAAGCUUGUGAAGAGGUUCGUCCAGAAGAUGGUGAAAGGUCGGGAGUUGAAGAUGCUGUCAACGACUGGUCGCUCGCUACUAUGUCUGGUUAUGCUGGACCGAGAUAUCCGGCAUCUUUCCAUCCAACUAGCAGGGAAGGCCGAUGCCAAACAGCGCUUCGUCAACCUGAAGAGCAUCGAGCAGAUCUAUGUUGGAGACGAUGUCGCUGAGGACAUCGAAUUGCCAGUCACAACGCUUUCUGUGACCUUGGUCCUUGAGGAGGGUCAAGCCAUCGCCUUCGAACUCGCUGACGAAGAGGAGAGAGACACCUUUGCGUGUGUAGAUCAAGAGAUCAUGACUCAGCAGCAGAUGGUGCAGAUCAGCAAGCAGGCAGGUCCAGCCCAGCAGUGGAUGACCACUCCUACACUGGCACCAGGCAUGUCUGCCCAGAACGACAGCUCUGUGGCGUGGUAUCCCACGGUGAGGCUCCUGUUUCGCCAGCCGCUGCCAACGGCCUGGUCGGCUCAGAAUGAGAUUCUGUGCGGCAGAAUCUCGGUCGAGGUGAUGGCCUUAACCGGCGAUCGUUUACGGGACACCAACCUGGGGGAAAACGGGCGAACCUAUGUCGUGGACAGCUCGGGCGCGGUGUUAUCUGCUCUCGAUCUGCAGGACACCAUCACAGUCGACAGCGUCGGAACAAUACAGUUCAGGCACAUUUCACAGAUUCCGGGCUCUGAUGGAGGACAUCUGGUUGCCAGUGCCUUCAAAGGCAACAGGAUCGAGGCCCUGCGAGUGCAAGAGGGCUCUCUCGCCGCUGUGGUGCAGCCAUUGAACGAGCCCCUGGACAUGUUCGCCGUCGUGGUCAUCUCCCGGUACGAAAAUACCUCUUUUCAGGACCAGUCGAUCGUGGAGUCCAUGUCCGUCCUCCUGACAUUUGCAUCCUUGCCGUAUGCCAUCAUGCUAGUCACGUUGGUCACGGUCCUCGUGUCGGCCAAUUCCGGGCUUCAGCUGAGCAAGCUGACCAUCGCACGGAUCACAGGAGCUGCUUCCAGCCUCACCGGCCGAAAGCGGAAUAGGAGCGUAAUCGUGCGAAGCAGCUCGGAAGGUCCUCUCUUCAACCAAGAGAUGGAAGGCAUGGGAAACAAGGUGUCCCAGAAAAGCAUUGUCAUGGGAGACGAGAGCAUGUACGACGACGACGGUCGCCCACUGGCUGUACAGCAUCGCAGAACGCAUGUCCUGAACGACGUGUACUUUGCGUCAGCCAAGACGAAGUAUGGGUGCUUGAUCCGAUGCGCGCGACGCGUCUGUUGCUGCUGUCUAGGACGACAGCGCGAGUGA